AAUAUUCUUCAAGUUCUAUAGCCUUUACACAUUGAAUUAUUGUAUUUAGUGAAAAUGGGGCAUCAAGUUUUCUUGUUAUUUGCUUGCACCAUAAUAACUCUUCUAGUUUCUUGCUCUUCAGAAGUUGUUGAGCAUUCUUUUCAUGUGCAAAACCGUACUAUAACGAGACUGUGCCGUAGACAAGUAAUUACUGCUGUAAAUGGAAGUCUUCCUGGUCCGACCAUACGUGUAAAAGAAGGGGACACCCUUGUUGUUCAUGUCUACAACCUUUCCCCUUACAAUCUCACUAUUCAUUGGCAUGGAGUUUUCCAGCUAUUAAGUGGAUGGGCUGAUGGACCCGAGUUUGCGACCCAGUGCCCGAUCCGACCCGGACAUAGCUACACGUACAAGUUUAAAAUAACAGGACAAGAAGGGACUCUCUGGUGGCAUGCACAUGUAUCCUGGCUUAGAGCCACAGUUCAUGGUGCACUCAUUAUUCGUCCCAAAAAGGGCCACUCUUAUCCUUUUCCUAAACCUUACAGAGAAGUUCCUAUCCUCUUAGGGGAAUGGUGGAAUGCCAAUGUUGUGGAUGUGGAGAACGAAGCGCUAGCAAUUGGUUCUGCACCUAAUAACUCUAAUGCUUACACUAUUAACGGCUGGCCCGGCAAUCUUUACCCUUGCUCUGUUAAUCAAACAUACAAGUUGAAGGUGAAACAUGGAAAAACAUAUCUCCUUCGUAUCAUCAACGCUGCACUCAAUAACCAACUUUUUUUCAAGAUCGCCAAUCAUAAAAUGAAAGUUGUCGCGGUUGAUGCUGCUUACACUGAUCCCUACAUCACGGACGUAGUCAUCACCGGGCCGGGCCAGACAACCGACGUCCUUUUGACGGCCGAUCAACUAUCGGCAUCAUACUACAUGGCGGCUAACCCCUACGCUAGUGCAGCCGGGGUACCAUUUGACAACACCACCACCACGGGAAUUAUAGUGUAUGAAGAUGCACUACUACCAUCAACUCCCAUAAUGCCAAUUUUACCGGCCUUUAACGACACACCAACAGCCCAUAAAUUCUUCACCAAUAUAACUGGGCUUGUAACUGGCCCAUUUUGGAACCCACCACCUCGCAAAGUGGAUGAGCACAUGUUUAUUACUAUUGGGCUGGGCCUAACUGCUUGUGGAAAAUCAAGAAAUGCAACAUGUGGAGGCCCAAAUGGGCAAAGACUUGGUGCUAGUAUGAACAAUGCAUCCUUCCAGUUUCCAAACAUGAUUUCAAUGUUGGAGGCCUUUUUCUACAAUGUUGGUGGAAUUUACACUACUGAUUUCCCAGACAAACCACCAUUGAAAUUUGACUACACAAACCCAAAUAAUAGCAUGAAUCCUGCUAUUAUAAUGACGAAAAAAUCUACAAAAGUGAAGAAAAUUAAGUUCAAUUCUACAGUUGAAAUUGUGUUCCAAAAUACUGCUUUGAUUGGAAUAGAAAAUCAUCCUAUUCACUUGCAUGGAUUCAAUUUCUAUGUCUUGGCCCAAGGCUUUGGCAAUUAUAACGCGAAAGUUGAUCAGAAAAAAUUUAACUUUGUCAAUCCACAAGAACGUAAUACAAUUGGUGUUCCAGUUGGAGGAUGGGCUGUCAUUAGAUUUCGAGCUAACAAUCCAGGUGUAUGGUUGAUGCAUUGUCAUUUGGAUGUUCACUUGCCUUGGGGUUUAGCCACAGCUUUUGUUGUUGAAAAUGGGCCAACACUAUCAACUAGGCUACCUCCUCCUCCACCAGAUCUACCUAAAUGUUAGAUUAUUAAUUUGCUUCUUUAAUUUUUUUUGAGUGAUUAUAUGAUUCUUGUUCAGUUUCGUUUUUAAUUUUUUCAAUUGUACAAGUGAUUCAUUUGCUUUUCUUGUCAUUCUUUGACUUGUUAAACAAACAUGAGUGUAUUUAGUUAUAUCAUUCUUUAAGAUUCUGUUAAGUGUAAUGUCUCAUCCUUUUGUUCUUUGAUUAUGAUGAAUAAGAUAUUGUCUUUGGGAUUCCCAUU